AUGACCUACUAUGGCAGCUAUUAUCGAGGCCAGGGUUAUGGCUAUGGAGGCUUUGGUGGCCUGGGCUAUGGCUAUGGCUGUGGCUGUGGCAGCUUCCGUCAACUGGGCUGGGGCAGUGGCUAUGGAUCCUGCGGAUACGGCUCUGGCUGUGGGUAUGGCUCUGGCUACAGAUGUGGGUACUGUCACCCAUCAUGCUAUGGAGGAUCCUGGGCUUCUGGUUUCUACUGA